AUGUUUGACACGAAAAUCAAUGAAAGAAUAGAUGAAGUCCUAAAAUCGUACAAAAUAAAACAUGGUUCUUCAAUUCUUUCACAAUUAACAAUGAUAUUAGAGAAGAGUGAUGUAGGCUCUCGAUUAAUUUCUGAACAUUCGUGUUUAAGUGGUGAAAAUUGGAGAAAGCGACGUGAAAAAAUGCAAAAACAAGAUGAUCUUGAUUAUGUCAUUGGAGCAUCAGAAGGAGAUGAUCUUGCUAAGGAUGUUGUAUGUUCGCGCUAUAAAUCAUUCAGACGAACGUACGAUGAUUUAAUAUCAAAAAAUUUAGGAUCAUUUAAUUCGAAGACUCAGACCGAACCCAAUUUAGAAGUAUUAAUUGCACAAACGAAGUUUCUUAUUGGAAAAGUAGUUCGAAACACGAAUGUUAUUACUUGGGAUCAUUCAUUUCGAGAUAAAAUUCCUGAAUUGUUAGCACAUAUUUUUGCUAUAUGGACUUUAAAAAAUACUCAACAUUAUAACAACAGCCGUGGUAUUGAUGAAUCACGUGCUUAUCUAUUGAUGCCACACGUUGCACAAGUUAUUGCCAUUUUUCGUAUUCUUGGUAUUGGUUAUGACAAGAAUGUAACAAUCAAAAAGCAUAGGAUACAUUUUUCUAUAAUAAAAUCUAAUGAUUUGAUAAAUAAUUUAGUACAGAUAGGAACAGGCGAAGGUAAAUCAGUGGUUAUGGCAAUUACUGCUUGUGUUUUUGCACUUGUUGGAGUCGAUGUUAAUUGUUCAUGCUAUAGUGAAUAUUUAAGUAUGCGAGAUAAGAAUGAUUUUGCUCCAGUAUUUCGAGCACUUGGAAUCGAGGAACGUAUCGAAUAUGGUACUUUCAAUAAAUUGUGUGAAAGCUUUUUGAAUGAACAGUGUAAUAUACGAGAAAAAGUACACGAUAUGAUCAUAAAUAAUAAGAAUAGCAUAGACGUAGUUAAAACGACGGGGCGCGUUCGUCCGAAAGUGUUGUUAAUUGAUGAAGUAGAUGUUUUUCUAAGUGAAAAAUAUUAUGGUGGAUUGUAUACACCUUCGGUAUAUUUAAAAGAUACCACAAUAAAGAAUUUGAUAGACUCAUUAUGGGAAAAUAGAAAUUUACGCACAUUGAAUACUGAUAAAGCUUUGCCAGUAUACCAAGCUUGUGCUUCUCGAUUUAGUAAUUGGACUUUUCUUUUCGAUGGAGCCAUAAAAGAUAUGUUGACUGCUUUAAAAUCGUUUCCAUCAUCAGCAUAUCUUGUACAAAAUGAUAAGAUUGUUUAUGUCGAAGGUGAAUCCGUAGCAGAAAAUGUAGUUCGUGGUUAUGAUACAGUUUGGGCAUAUUAUUAUGAAAAUCAAAAAGGUUUUAUUAGUCAGGAAAGUUUAGAAAAAAAUGUGGGCAUCAUCAUUAGUUGUGGAACAUUUUCUUAUGCUGAAAUGCCUCAUGAAUUUGCUUAUAUUGCAGGGGUCACUGGUACUCUAAAAACACUUGCUAAGCCAGAAAAAGAUAUCCUGGAAAACGUUUAUGAGAUCCACAAGAAUACUUAUAUGCCAUCAGUUUUUGGAAAAAGUAAUCGUAAUUAUAAUUCUAAUAAUGAUGUAGAAGCGGUAAAGAAAUCAGAAUAUUUUAUGAGAAUUCGUGGAGAAAUAGAUACGAUGUGCAAUGCUAAACGUGCCAUUCUCAUAUUUUUCGAAUCGGAAGAAAAAUUAAUGGCAUUUUACAAUUCUGAAGAAUUAUCAUCUAUAAAACUGAAUGUACAAAUUAUUACUGAGAAAGUUUCGACCAAAGAGAGAGAGCUAUGUAUUAAGCGUGCCGCAACCGAAGGUCGAGUUUCACUAUUGACUCGAACAUUUGGACGAGGAACUGAUUUCAUAUGUCAAAAUCAGCAAGUGUUAGCUAAUGGUGGAGUUCAUGUACUUCAAACAUUCUUUUCUGAAGAACUAUCCGAAGAAUAUCAAAUAAUGGGAAGAGGAGCACGGCAAGGAGAUCGUGGUUCAUAUAGGAUGAUUUUGUUAGAUAGUGAUUUAGAAUGGGUACUUGGUGCUGAUUGGGAGAAGAAAAUUCCCGAAAUAAAUGGUUCUACUCUUUAUGUUACUUUGGAUAAAGCUCGUAAUACACGUUAUGAAAGUAGAUGUGCUGGGAAAAAAGUUGGUAUAGAACAAUGCAAACGUGAGCAUGAAGCUUCUAGACACUUUAAGAAUGCAUUGUCUGAAGGAGACAUGAGUAUCGUCAAAGACUUUUUGCUUCAGCAAAAUCGAGGAGUAAUCAUAGAUUCAGGAAUUUCACGUACACUUCUACUUAUGGAUGCAACAGGCUCAAUGUCAAAUCUAUUGUCUGCUGCCAAAGAUACAGUUUGUACGAUGUUUGAACGUGCUGCAGUAGUUUUAGCAGAAAAAGGACUGCGUAGCGAUGCAUUUCAAAUGCAGUUUGCUGUUUAUCGAAACUACAAUUCUAACGAUAAUAAGAUUUUGGAAGUUUCUCCUUGGGAAACAAAAGCAAGUAAUUUACGGGCAUUUAUGAACAACAUUGGUCCUGAAGGUGGGAUGAGAGAGGAAGCAAUUGAAAUAGGAUUCUGGCAUGCAGUUAAAGAGAGUGAAGUACAAGACGGGAUUUCUCAGGUUAUUUUGAUAGGAGAUGCGCCACCGAAUACUAAACAAAAUGUAACUAGUAAGCGAACCAAAUUAGGUGAAGCCUAUUGGAAGCAGACUAGAUUUGCUACAUCAACAUAUUAUGAAGAUGAAUUACAAAAUCUUGGCAAAGCAAAGUGGGAUGAUAUACUUUCAUGA